AUGACUGGUUCUUCGACGGUUCACACACUAGAGCUUGUGGUGAAACGCCUUCCUUGGUCAUACAAGGGGCACGGCGGUCAACUCGAGAGGAGUGAGGGGGAGGUCAUGCAAUUCUGCCUCAUGAUGGUAGACCGGGGAGGCAAUCCAGUCAAUAUACUCACAGCCCUCCAAUCUCGCCUCAGCACCCUCGUCGGAGCGGGCAAAGACUCUACGGCUGACUAUGACAACGACAUGAUAGCAGCGAAGAGUGCUGGAAUUGAUGCCUUUGCUUUGAACAUUGGACGUGACGACUGGGUGCCAAAACAACUCCAAUAUGCUUACGGCUCGGCUGCCAAGAAUGGCCUGAGCGUGUUCCUUUCAUUCGAUUUCAAUUGGUAUAGUAUUGAUCAAGCCACUGAAAUGGCCACCCUACUUAGCAACUGGGUUACGCAGCAAGCCCAACUGAAGAUAGGAGGCAGGGCCUUCGUUUCAACCUUCGCGGGUGACGGCUUGAAUGUUAACUCUAUCCGUCAGACUGUGAGGGCAAACAAGGGAGUAGAGUUGCUUGUUGUACCAAAUUUUAAUUACAAGGAUCUCGGUGGAGCAGAUGGUCUUUUCAAUUGGAUGGCGUGGCCUAAUAAUGGCGACAAUAAGGCGCCAAGUGAUGGAAACAACUACUCUGUUGCGGAUGGUGACAAUAAUUAUAUGAUGGCCCUCAAGCCUGACAAGCCCUAUCUAUUGCCGGUUUCAUCUUGGUUUAGUUGCCAUUAUGGAUUGGAAGUCCCGUAUAGUAAGAACUGGGUAUUCCCCUCGGACCUUCUCUGGCACAGUCGUUGGAACGAAGUCUUGAAUUCAGGCGCCCAGUGGCUAGAGAUACUCACCUGGAAUGACUAUGGUGAAUCGCAUUACAUUGGACCACUAUCUUCACCUCAUAGUGAUGAUGGGAAUUCCAAGUGGACGAAUGACAUGCCUCACAAUGGCUGGUUAUAUAUGGCAGUACCAUAUAUUGCAGCUUUUAAGAACGGCGAGCAGAAGCCCGAUGCACAUAUUGAGAAUGAUAAUCUAUACUACUGGUACCGACCGACGCCAAAAGGGGUGGAGUGCGAUGACACUGAUACGUGCAACAAGCCCUGGCCGUCGCCUACCCCGAAUCCAAAUUAUUUCAUGGGGAAGCCGAACGGAGCUGAGACAUUAUUAGAUCAGGUCUUUGUCGUGACUCAUCUCAAACAGCCGGGACAGCUCACAAUCAACUCCGGUACUAAUACAGAAACAUUUGCCGCUCCAGCAGGAGCAUCAGCCUGGGCUGUCGACAUGGGAAUUGGGGAGCAAUCGUUCGCCGUCCAACGAAAUGGCCAGAACGUCCUAAGUGGGACCAGUCUCAAGAAUAUUGUCGAUCACUGCAUUUGUGGCAUAUAUAAUUUCAAUGCAUACGUUGGCGUUCUGCCUCCCGGUCCUGCGGACGCACUCCAACCGGCAGGUCUUGCUCAGUUCACCUCUGGCCUGCAAGUGAGUUGUGCACCUACACCGUCUCUGGGCACGGAGACGAAUGUUAAAGGUCCAGCCGCAAUGAACACUGCUUCUCCAAAAAGCUCGCCACGAAGUACGGAACAACUAGCAAUAUCAUCAUCGAAGGCUGCGCCGCAGGGCCCUCCUACAAGGGGAACCCGGACUAUCUCAAGCCUUCAGCAGUUGUCGCCAACCAAUUGCCUACAGCCAGAUGAUGUAUGGGCCGGACAAGCUGAGAGAUAUCUGUAUUGGCUGAAUUUGAAUGCCUCCUUUGUGGUUGACGGGUUGAUCUCACAGGAUAUCCUUCACCCGACUGAAGUGCCAGGGGCCCAAGGGUCGGGCGAGGGUACAUUCUUCACGGAUGCGGACUCAACGACAAUGUACAGCUUUGGGGGAGUCAGAGGGCCAAACAACACCGAUUGUACGAAUACGGUUGGAUCAUAUAACGCUACAUCUCAAACAUGGGCCAAUAUGAGUGUUAGCGGCGGCAAUUUCAACGGCCUCGAUCGAACUUUCACCGGCUCAGCAACAACAAGUACGGCAGGGUUAGGUCUCAGUUUUGUCACCGGAGGACUUGAUGACACACCGGGGCCAAAAGGCAUGAACGUCCCACCUCUUGUCGGCGCAACCAUGCAAUACGUCCGCCUUGGCUCGAGUUAUGUGCUGAUUGCAGUGGGUGGAUAUCUUAACCAAGGAGACUAUGCUCAGCGAGACAUGGUUCAGGUCAUGGUAUACGACCUUGAUCCGCGAAGAUGGUACGUUCUCCUCGAGGAUCAGGGUGUGCCGGCUCCUGUGUCUAAGAUCAUUGGCGGCAGUCCAUCAGGUCAGGCAACAGUCAGGUGUCCUAUCAACGGCUUCAAUGAUAGUGCUCCGGAGGUGGUAUUCGGAAAGACAGUCCCAAAGUACAUGACUUCAACCCUUAAAGGAACGUCUGCGAGCACGAAUGGAACUACUACUAUCGCUGCAAAGACCUCCAAGUCAGGAAUAUCACCCGGCGUCAUUGCCGGGAUAGUUGUAGGAGCUGUCGUAGUGGUAGCGAUAUUAAGAACGGCCGUGGCCUAUCUCGUGCGGCGGCGAAGCAGGCGAGGCUCAGAUGCACUACCCGCAGAAUCUGCAGUGUCUGCAUGGGACCCAAUAUCUGCUUUUCAAACGCAUGAAGUUUCUGGUCACGACAGACCUCAAGAAAAGGACGGUGAGCAUAUCGUCGAAGCAGACACUAGUGGUAAUGUAUACGAGUUGCAGGACGUAAGAUAG